AUGAAACGUUUGCAGGAAUUGACCGACGCUGGCAUAAGAAAGGAUGACCCACGGCUGGCAAAUGUGAUUGCACAGGUUCGAGAAGCUGAGCAUGUGGACCAAGGUGUCUUCGAUCAAGAGCAUCUUUUCCUGGAUAGAGAGGCAUUCAAGAUAUGCGUCGGCAGUAGUAUCGGAGUGAUUGGAAAGGCGUUAAAGAAGCAACUGGUGAUACCGGAUUGGCCGUCAUUCACUACAGAGAUUACAGAGCUACACAAUUUCUGUCGUCAGUUCAAAGGAGGACAGGUUGCAACGUACAUUCCCCAAUUGGCGCGAGCAGAUCCAGAAGCAUUCGCAAUCUCUGUUUGCACUGUUGAUGGCCAACGAAGGAGUUGGGGUGACGCCAUAAAGCCGUUUUGUCUUCAGUCGGUUUCCAAACCGUUUACAUACGCCUUGGUUCACGAUGAGAUCGGUCCAGAUGACUUGCACAGUUAUGUCGGCCAGGAGCCCAGCGGACGGUUAUUCAAUGACAUCUCUCUUGAUCACAAUAGUGAGUUACAUUGCUCGUAUUCAUAA